AUGGAGUUUUUUAACCUCUCAUGCUCAUCUGAUCUCUUGAUACCUCUUGUGGCAGCUGCCUUUUCACUCUUUCUUUACUCUCUCUUAAUGAAAUCAAGAGGGGAAAGAAAAUCACCACCAAAAGCUGGGGGUGCGUGGCCUAUAAUCGGCCACCUCCACUUACUAGGAGGUUCAAAACCACCCCAUUUAGUUUUGGGUAAAAUGGCUGAGAGGUAUGGGCCAAUCUUCACGGUAAAUAUAGGAGUGCAUAAAGCUCUGAUUGUAAGCAGCUCAGAAAUAGCAAAAGAGUGUUUUACUACCAACGACAAAGUGUUUGCUAGUCGUCCGAAAUUCAUGGCGGCUGAAAUCAUGGCCUACAACUAUGCCUUCCUCCCCUUCAGCCCUUACAGCCACUACUCUCGCCAAGUUCGCAAGAUAGUUACGCUUGAGGUUCUCUCCAACAGCCGCCUUGAGAUGCUCAAACACGUUCGAGAGUCCGAAGUGAAGGCGUCCAUGAAAGGAAUAUACGAGCGAUGCGUGACCAACGGGAAGAGUAGUACCGGUUCGAACAAGGCGUUGGUGGAGAUGAGGGAAUGGUUUUUGGACAUAAAUGAAAACAUUGUGUUUAGGAUGAUUGUAGGGAAACGAUUUGGGGAAGCAACAAGCUCAAAUUCCAAAGGCAGUAAUUAUUAUUUAAAGAAGGAGACGUACAUGGAUUUUCUGAGAUUGUCUGGGACUUUUGUGCUGUCCGAUGCGAUUCCCUGGUUGAGGUGGUUGGACUUGGGUGGCCAUGAGAGGGCCAUGAAGAAGGUAGCCAAGGAGCUUGAUCUUGUGUUUAAUGGAUGGCUAGAAGAGCACAAGCAGAAGAGGAAGAUUUCAGGCCAAGUGAAGGGUGAUGAUGAUCAGCUUGAUUUCAUGGAUGUGAUGCUUUCCAUUCUUGAUGUUGAUGGUGCUAAUGAGAUUACUACAGAUUAUAAUGCCGAUACUGUCAACAAAGCAACUACCAUGACUCUUAUAGUAGCCGGCAUAGAGGCGCCUGCGGUGCAGAUGACAUGGGCUCUGGCUUUACUUCUCAACAACCGCGAAGCCCUCAAGAAGGCUCAGGAAGAGCUAGACCAAAUCAUUGGUAAAGACAGACAAGUGAAGGAAUCAGACAUCAAGAACUUGGUCUAUCUCCAAGCCAUUAUUAAAGAAUCAACGCGUUUAUACCCUGCUGGACCAUUAUCCCUGCCUCACGAGUCGACUGAAGAUUGCAUGGUCGGUGACUAUCAUGUCCCGGCAGGCACGCGCCUCCUUGUUAACCUUUCAAAGCUUCAUCGAGACCCGAGGGUAUGGUCCGACCCGAAUGAGUUUCGACCAGAGCGAUUUCUCACAACCCACAAGAGCCUUGACGUGAAGGGUCAUGAUUUUGAGUUAAUUCCAUUUGGAAGUGGUAGAAGAAUGUGUCCUGGAAUGUCACUUGCCCUUAAGGUUAUAGCAUUAACACUUGCUUCUUUGCUUCACGGUUUUGAAAUUGCAACUUCAACGGAUGAGCCGGUCGACAUGGGUGAGACGGUGGGACUGACCAACAAUAAAGCUACCCCACUUGAAGUCCUUUUCACUCCACGCCUUCCUGCUCAACUAUAUGAGUAA